UCAUUACAACCCUCCUUUCAAACCCUAAGAAAAAAAGCUCAAAUUUUUCUCCCAUCUUUUUCUCUUGGUUUAGCUCUCGCUCUCUCUGUGGCUCCCGGAGAUCUUGGGGAUUUAGCUCGCAAGGAUUUCUGCAGGGUUUGGUUUGAUCUUCAAACUUGGCCUGCAGGAUUACACCGGAGUUGUUCCUCAGGAUCUACUUUAAAGAAGUCAAGCACCAACAACACCAGUUGGUAUACUUCUCAAAGAUGAACGAUCUUAUGACAAAAUCAUUCCUCAGCUAUGUGGAACUCAAGAAGCAGGCACUCAAGGACCAAGAAGCCAACUCCAUGCCAGACCUCGAGGCAGGAGGAGGAGGGCUCACAAAAGGUGAAGAAGAGAACCUGUCCAGGUUUUUCCAAGAAGUAGGAAUAAUCCAAACAGAGAUGGAAGCCAUUUCCAAUCUCCUCCAAGACCUCCAUGACCUAAACCAAGAGUCCAAGUCAGCACACAGUGCCAAAGUCCUCAGAGGCAUAAGAGACCGUAUGGACUCAGACAUGCUCACCAUCCUCAAGAAAGCUCAGAGCAUCAAGCUAAAGCUUGAAGGCCUUGAUAGAUCAAACGCUAUCAACCGUGAUUUAUCUUCUUGUUUUGGAGAAGGAGGUCCUGUGGACAGGACCAGAAUGUCAGUAACUAAUAGCUUGAGAACAAGACUUAGGGAGAUGAUGCAUGGGUUUCAGUCACUCAGAGAGACAAUAAUGGCAGAGCACAAGGAGCGCUUGAAGAGGAAAUACUACACUGCUACUGGAGAAGUGGCAAGUGAAGAGGUGAUUGAGAAGAUGCUUGCUGGGAGUUGUCAGGUUGGUGGAAUAGUGGAUAUGGAGAUGCAUGAGAGGCAGAGAGCUAUAACUGAGAUACAGAAGAGUUUGAUGAAACUUCACCAGGUGUUCCUUGACAUGGCUGUCAUGGUGGAUGGGCAGCAGGAUAAGUUGAAUGAUAUAGAGGAGAAUGUGGUUUGUGCAAAGGAGUAUGUUUGUGGGGGGACUGAUAGUCUUGCCAAAGCACAGGCCAUGAAGAAGAGGGAUAGGAAAUGGAUAUGCUGGAUUUUGAUCUUGGUUGUUGUUGUUCUGAUUGUUUUUCUGAUUCCUAUUCUUGCUGGUUCUUAGUGUGGUUUGAUUUUGGUAAGGAUUAGUGUUUUAAUUUUGUAGUGCUGAAAGGAAAACUUUUUCUUUAUAGUUGUUUCCUGAUGGAAUUGACGGUUCUGUGGAGAAAUUCAGGGAAGC